CUGAAACAGAAGCCGCGACGACCAGCUUAUUUCUAAUUUUGUGCCAAGCGACGCAGACAAGUCAUGACCGCGUCCGUGCUCGCGUCCAUGAAGACGUCCAUCUCGCACGUCUCCAAGCCCGCUGGCGCCGGCGCCCACACCCACACGCAGUACGUCGUCCGCGUCGCCGACACGCGCACCGAGACGACCGCAUGGCUGCUCUACAAGCGCUACUCAGAGUUCCGGGCGCUGCGCGAAGCCUACCUCCAUGCGACGCUGUGCGCGUCGUGCGCGUCGCUCACGCAGGAGAACUACAUUACGACCCGGUUUCCGCGCCGCCACCUCUUUGCAUCGAGCUCGGAGCGCGUGCUCGCCGAGCGCAAGGUCGGCCUCGGCCUCUUCCUCGACAUUGUGACGGUCGCCGUGCGCCGGUGCGCCGACCCGGCGUGCGCCAGCCGCAGCCUCCUCGAAGACUUUAUCGUGCUGCCCGAGAUGCGCUACACAUUUAUCGACAUGCAGCUCGACGAGACCGCGACCGAGAAGGCCAUGGCGGCCGCACCGUCGCCAGCCAAGCAAAUGUCCAUGCCCGAGCCCGAGACGUACCACCGCCACUCGCUGCCCAACAUGGAAACCAAGUCGCUCCUCGAGUUCAACCGCAAGGACCGCACGGCGCGCAACUCGUUCCCGGGCAAAUCGUCGACUGCUGUCAAGCGCCAAGCCCACCGGUCAUCGAGCGAGCGCAUCAAGCGGCUAAAGCAGGAACUUGCCGUGCUCGCCAUGUACCGACCACCGACCGCGCCGCGGAAGAUGAAGCCAUCCCUCGCCACGAUCGAAGAAGUCGAUGGCGACCUCCCCUAAUUUCCUAACUUAAAAUACGAUAGUAGUCUUGUGCCAUAGCAA